AUGACCCCGUCAUCACCACUCACGUCUGUUGUCCAACUCCAAGAAUUGGCCACCGUCGAGCGCGUCCUCGAGACUGUCGACAACCGCACCCACGGCCCAUGGCGAUCUCGCGCUUGCGGAUUUGUCGUGCAUAAACCCUUUAUGCAGCACGUCAAGAACGCCGCAAUGUACGUCCUGCACGAGCUGAUCCGUGCCAAGGACAACCUGAACGAAUCCUUGAAACAAGGGUGA